AAUCGAUCAAUGCCUUAAAUUUUAUAUGAUAAUAUUUUUAGUAUAUUGCAGUAUUGCACUGGUAAAUAAAUUUGAUUUUGGCUUUGUAUGCAGAACUUGAGGCGUUACUUGUUUGACACUGAAUUUUGGGGAGGGAGAUGCCACCUUCCUUAGCAAUGAGAUUCUCUCCGGCGAAAGAAUCAAGACAAGACGGAUUGCUAUUCAGGGAGAGACAAGAUGAUGAGGAUGAUCUUGCUUUGUUCAUUGAAAUGGAGUCCAAAGAGAAUUUUCUACUUCAGCCAUCGGAUGACUUGGAAGAUCCAUUUUCUAUGCAGUUGAGGCAUUUUCCGGAUACCAAGGUUAGGAUUUCCAUUCAUGGCCAAGGAGAAACCAGUGACUUGCUCAAUGCAGAUGAUGACGAAAAUGACUAUGACUGGUUGUUCACACCACCUGACACACCACUGUUUCCUUCUUUAGAUGAUGAACCACAACAAAUAAAUGUUGUAGGCAGAGGAAGUCCUCAGAGUAAACCCAUUUCCAUAUCAAGAUCUUCUAUGAUGGAGAGAAGUUAUGUAAGCAGGAGAAGUUCAACUCCUACCCCUCGGAGGACCAGCACUGGCUCCGUUGGUCCUGCAAUCUCAUCAGGGAUUAGAGGAGCUUCGCCUGUUAAGACAAGCCGUGGGAACUUUGCUUCACCAAAGAUAAGAGCAUGGCAAACUAGUUCUUCCAAUUUCUCUUGUGCUGCUCCUCCCAAUCUCUGUACUUCUUUGGCUGAUCGACCAAAAAUUCCAGCAUCCCGAAAUGGUAGGGAUUCAACCAGCAAAUUCAGUAGGCAAUCAAUGUCUCCUACUGCUUCUUGGAGUAGCAGCUCUUUUCUCAGUCAAGAUCGAGAUCAAUUCAGUUCAUACAGCAAGGAUUCUGUUGCAUCAUCUGGCUGUGAUGAUGUAGACUCUCUUCAGUCUAUCCCAGUGGGAAGUUUAGAUAGAGCAAAUUCAAUAAAGGGUGGUUCACGUUCCAAUGUCAAAUAUCCUACUUCCAAGAAAUCGUCCAGCAUGGCGUCCCCAAAUUCUGCUCCUAAAAGAUCAUUUGAUUCUGCUCUCCGGCAGAUGGAUAGAAAAAGUCAUCAGAAAAUGUUCAGACCACUUCUAUCUAGUGUGCCAAGUACAACUUUUUAUGUUGGGAAAGCAAAUUCGGCAAAAUGUUCCCUUGUAUACAGCGAUUCUUCUGCUACUUCAAUCAGCAAUGUGAGCUCUGAUCAUGGAAGAAGUUGUGCACAAGAUACCAAAGGGAGUGACCAAAAUCAAGAUGACAGGGUAAAGGGAACUGAGAAGAUAUUAUAUUCUGAUAUUCAUGAAGAAGUAUUUUCCUUUGAUGAAAUCGAUAUAUUAAAUGAAAAUAUUGGAUGUGUAGCUGAAUCUAAAGAUUCUAUCCAUCAUGAUAUUGAUACAGAAUUAAAUGUAACUUCAAAAACUUCCAAUGUCAGAGGUGAUAUUUCUGAACCUGCCUGUUUUGAAAAUAUAGCAACUUGUUCUAGUUGUGGUUGUUGCUAUGAGGUCACCGAACAAGCUGAGAAGUAUAUCAAGCUUUGUCUGCAGUGCAGCAGGGAAAACACCUUAUUGAGACAUAACAUUGCAGAGACAAAUUUGGAAGUUUCCAACGACUCUUCAGAGAGUUCUACAAAUUUCCCUGCAGAACAAAAACCAUUAGCUGAAAUAGAUCAACAACCAGUUGGGUCUGAACUGCCUCAAGAGUCUGAUGCGGGUAACAUGAGAGUUUUUCUUGAUGAACAAGAAGCCAAGGGAAGUCAAUCUUCGUCCCCUGAAGUAAUUCAGGGUCACUUGCAACAAGGUCCUACUCCAAGUUCAUCUGUGGAGGAAAGUGCACAGAUGCACUCCUGCCAGCUAGAGGUGGAUCAAUCAGGGAUUGAUUACAAGAAGCCAGAUAAUCAUCUUAAGGAUCAAGAGUUAUAUCAUUCCCAGGAUCGCCCAAAUUUGAAAGUGAACCACCUCUUGGAAGGCAAUGGCAUUUCUGUAUUGUUGAGAAGGUCAAGGAGCAGCAGAGGAACCAUAGUUCAGGGCAGGACUGUCACUGCCGCAACCUUAUCUUAUGAUGAUCUUUAUUUUCCAAGAGGCAGUGUAAAUGGUAUAAGAAGAUCAACUGGGCAUCAUAGUUAUUCUGCCUUAUCAUCUGUUGAUUUCAGCCUAGCAAAACAUUCUGAAUUUCAUGUGCAAAGGCAGUCAAUUGGCAAGAAAUUGAAUGUUGACUGCAAAUAUGACCCAAGGAUCAAGUGUCCAAGCACUGCUUCAUCUAUCUCUGGAACGUCAAACCAUUCUCACCAUGGUUUAGAUUUUAUGGUACCAGAAACUUCUAUCAAUACAGGAUGUGGCAUACUGCAGGAUAAGCCUAAAGAUAUAUGUGAAUUCCAAGCUUCGGAAGAUGCAGUGGCAUAUGUAAUCGAUGCUUCUAUAGUUCCAAUUUUUGUUGAAGAAGAUAAACUUGAAAAACAUGAUUAUAGCAGAGUAACUGAUGCUUCUGAAACAGAAAUGUUAAGCCAGGCUAUUGGUGUACGGUCAGAUGACAAUUCGAUAACAUCUUUUCGAAAUUAUGGAGAUUGUAUUUCAUACAGUUAUGUUGACGACCAUCCAGAUCAUGCUAGCAGCAUCUCAAAUACAGAAGCAUCGCUUAAGGAUCCAAUGUCAUCUCUUGAUGAGAAAAAUGGUAUCAAAAUCACCAAUGUUGAUGGAAUGGAUGCUUUGGUUAGUACCAACAAUUCUGCAAUUAUAAAAUCAGAAAUAGAAGGAGAAAACUUUUGCCAGAAUGAUAGUGGUGUGGCAGAUGGGAAUCUGUCAAUGGUAUCAAAGUGCACUGUGGAUGAAUCUCAGGAACAUUCUGUCCUACAUUCUUCCAAUGAUUCUCCUAGAGAUUUUGUUUCUGAGCUCAAUACCGCAGAAUACUCCCAUGGCAUAGAGGGAUCAACAAUUACAGUGGAGUGUCAAGAAGCUGGCAACACUAGAAGCCUUACACUUGAAGAAGCAACAGAUACCAUACUCUUUUGCAGCUCUAUAAUCCACGAUCUUGCAUAUCAGGUUGCAACAAUAGCAAUGGAAAAGGAACUCUUAGACCCUCUUGAAGGUUCUGAACCAACACUGACUAUAUUGGAGAAGGCCGAUAAAAAGGAUUCUCGAAACCGAAUGGAUGGCAAGCGCCCUUCCAAACCCCAAAAAGUGAAGCCAACAACACCGGAAACUGAUGUAAAACCUCUUUUUGCUAAUAAGACUGAGAACAAUGAAAACGUGCACAAGUCUUUGCCACGCACCAUUGGGCUUCUCGAUAAGGUAGACGGCCUGAAGCCACCCCCUAAUAAGCUUGAAUCAAAGUGUAAUUGCAUUAUAAUGUGAGUGCAAAGUUGAGCAGCAUUUUCUAAUUAGUAAUAGCUCAAAUGACAUAAUCUCUCCAUACUCAAUUAAGAGGUUGCGGAUUCGAGUCUCCUAUCUUUGAUAAAAAAAAAAAAAUUGAGCAGCAUUUUCGGAAUUUCGUCUCUUCAAGUUUGACUAUAUAAUAUACAAUUAUACACUAGAGCUUAGCUAAGUGCUUGUGCAGAAUAACCAUUGGUUUUUAUGUUGGUUACAUUACAACCCCGUUUCACACAAUUGUAAAGUUAAUUAUUUUCUUUUCCCCAUUUUUAUUGGAAGGCCGAUCAGUUAGAGGCAUGUAGAUGAUUGCUUUCCCUCCGUGUUCGGCAUAUUAUUGUUUGAUUUGAUUUCAUUCUCAA